AUGUCGCAUAGACUCAGCUAUAGUGAAUCCGCGUCGUCCUCUCCCGACCUAGAGUUCUCACCCUUCAGGAGGAAUGUUUUCUAUAUUCCAAUUCCUCCCUCUGGCGAAAUUGUCUUCCAAAGUCUCACCCGCGAGCAGAAGCGUCUUCUCCGCAAUAUGGGGAAGCCGUCCCCGAAGAAGAUCUUCGAUGAAAGUCCACCACCAACCCCCGAUAGACGCACCUUUCGCCGACACAGCCUUGCGCUCUCUCCGGUGCUUCCUGUCUCCGAAGAGAGUGACAAUCCGGCAUAUGAGGUGUCGCCAAAGGUCCGGGAAUCCACUGAGAGAGUCCGCGUUUACAAGGAAAGACUCGUCGCGAUGAGAGCAAGUCGCUCUCUCGGUAGUGCUGGCGCCUCUAUUUCUCCCGUAAUAGAAAGUGACGUAAGCACCGAAAAUGUUGUUGAGGUUUCUCAUAGCGACUCCGCCGGCGUCGAGUAUUUCGAAGCAAACGAGAGUGACGAUGCCCAUAUCCGGCUUUGCGAAGCGGUUCAAAUACCCGUGUUGGUCGGGGCUGACGGGACCAAAGACGGAGUCUGGGAACCCCUUCUUGCGGGCGCAGACGAGGAGAGCGGUCUCGGUCUUGAAGGCCUAGGUAUUAGCGUAUGGACAGAGACCAACCGCAAAACCGGGAAGCUUUUCCAAGAUGCCUAUUCCGAGGAUAAUUUCACUGUCGGCAGCGCUACCGAAAGAGAGGAAUUGGCUUCCGGAGAGGUUGUGACCAUCUCUGCCGAUGAGGUCAAGCAUUCCACCAUUCUCGAUAUACAUCAAUCACAGUCUUGUCAUAAUCUGUCAGGAGUAGAUCCUCCUCCUGAUUUCCGGGUUUGCGAAGCUGUCGCAAUGCCCGUAAUAGUCAAGACAAGCGAGGGUGAAGACGGAGCCUGGGAACCUAUAUUUGCAGGGUCAUAUAAGGGGAACGGCCGAGGUCUCGAAGGCCUAGGCAUCAGUGUAUGGAUAGGGAACACAUCUAGCCUGGAGAAGUUCACCCGAGAUAGCUGUUGCAAGGACGCGCUCGCUGUUGGCAUCGCUGUAGAGGAAUCUGAUGUUUGGGAGGACAUCAUCCUAUCUGACGACGAAGAAGUAAAUGAUCCUAUAGAAAAUACCAUUACGCUCACCAACAUGCUAUCUCCUCCGGAAAGUGACACAGUACACAGCGACGCUCCUUCAACCCCCACAAUGGACUAUAAAAAUACCCUCCCGUCUUUCGAAUUCUCUCCCGGCCGCCGUCUGUGCUGCACCGGACCCAUCAGCAGAUCUGUGCUUCUUUUAGGGUGGGGGUGGAAGUGUGCUACUUUCGCGCGAAAAGAGGGAAAAUUGAAUUAUCUUGAGCGAAGGAUUGAAGAGGCCAGAAAGAGCGUCGGAGUGAGUCGAUAG